CCUCCUUCGAAACAAAGUCCAUAAUCUGCGAUACCGAUCACACAACAUCUUACCUUUUGCGCAACCAUAAAUUCGUCUUCGACUCCCUGUCGUUUGACCGUUUCCCACUUAGAUUCCUCCCCUGACCUUUUUCAAUAUACCCACAAUUACACAAGGUGUGUUGCGUCCUAAACCAGCUACAGCCCCGCGCCUAUCAUCUGGAUCUAGAACAUCUUGUUUACAUACUAUUCAGGUGCCCCUCACUACCGCCCAACAUGAGUGUCGUGGGUAUCGAUUUCGGAAGUCUUAACACCGUCGUCGCCGUUGCGCGGAACCGAGGUGUCGACGUCAUCACCAAUGAGGUUUCCAACCGUGCCACUCCGUCACUGGUCGGCUUCGGGCCAAAAUGCCGAUAUCUUGGUGAGGCCGCCAAGACACAAGAGAUCUCGAACCUGAAGAACACCGUCGGCUCCCUCAAGCGCCUUGCCGGCCGGUCCCUCCAGGAUCCCGAUGUCCAGAUCGAGCAGCAGUAUAUUUCCGCGGCGCUCGUCGAGAUCAAUGGCCAGGUUGGCGCCGAGGUGUCAUACCAGGGCAAGAAGGAGCAAUUCACAGCCACACAGCUCAUUGCCAUGUUUCUGAGCAAGAUCAAGCUCACCGCCUCGAACGAGACCAAGCUCCCCGUGUCUGACGUGGUUAUGAGUGUUCCUGCCUGGUUCACCGACGUUCAGCGCCGAAGCCUUAUCGAUGCCGCCGAGAUUGCCGGUCUGAAGCUCCUGCGUCUGAUCAACGACACCACUGCCGCAGCCUUGGGCUAUGGCAUCACCAAGUUGGAUCUGCCAGCUGCUGACGAGACGCCACGCCGGGUUGCCUUUGUCGAUGUUGGCUACAGCGACUACAGCUGCUCCAUCGUCGAGUUCAAGAAGGGCGAGUUGGCCGUGAAGGGGUCUGCUUAUGACCGUCACAUGGGUGGCCGGAAUUUCGAUAAGGCUUUGGUCGACCAUCUGGCCAAGGAGUUCCUCGGCAAGUACAAGAUCGACAUCACCACCAACCCCAAGGCACUGAGCCGUGUCUGGGCUGCCGCCGAGAAGGCCAAGAAGAUCCUGUCUGCGAACCAACAGGCACCAUUGAAUAUCGAAUCCCUCAUGAACGAUAUUGAUGUCUCGGCCAUGAUCACAAGGCAAGAGUUUGAGGCUAUGGUGGAGCCCCUCCUCAACAAGAUUGACGACACCCUUGAGCGGGCUCUGGCCGAAGCCAAGCUCAAUAGGGAGGACAUGGAUAUUGUCGAGGUUGUCGGUGGCGGCAGCCGUGUCCCUGCCAUCAAGGAGCGCAUCCAGGCCUUCUUCUCCAAGCCAUUGUCUUUCACCCUCAACCAGGACGAGGCUAUCGCCAGGGGAUGUGCGUUUAGCUGCGCCAUUCUCUCUCCCAUCUUCAAGGUCCGGGAUUUUGCUGUCCAGGAUAUCAUCACCUACCCUAUCGAGUUCGCCUGGGAGAAGGAUGCCGAUAUCCCCGACGAGGACACCAGCUUGGUCGUCUUUAACAAGGGGAACGUCCUGCCCUCCACUAAGAUCCUUACCUUCUAUCGCAAGCAAGCCUUCAACCUGGAGGCCCGGUACGCUAAGCCUGAAGACCUCCCCGGCAAGACAACUCCCUUCAUCGGCCAAUUCUCGGUCAAGGGUGUCAAGGCCACCGGCGGCCCCGAUGACUUCAUGAUCUGCAAGCUCAAGGCUCGUGUGAACAUCCACGGAGUUUUGAAUGUUGAGAGUGGUUAUUACGUGGAGGAUCAGGAGAUUGAGGAGGAAAUCAAGGAUGAGGAGAAGAAGGAGGACGGCGACAAGAAAGACCCGGAUGUGAGUAAAUCUACCAGGGGUGUGGGAGGCGACGUCUCGAAUCCCUCGUCUUCCGUCGAAUCAAUCGGAGACGGCGAGAGAUCGGGUCAGAAACGCCGGAAGCUCGAUGCCGGCAACGACCCGAAACCACUCCUCCCUACCCUUGACAGCCUUCUAGCAAACGAGUCAGUGCUAACCUUUAACUCCUCGCCCAAGGCUAUGGAGACAGAAGAGGCUGCCAAGCCGAAGACUAGAAAGGUCAAGAAGCAGGUACGCAAGGGCGAGCUUCCCAUCGUGAGCGCCACUCGGUCGCUCGACGUGGCUGGGAAGAAUGAGCUCUCGGAGAAGGAGGCUGCCAUGGUCAUGGAGGACAAGCUCGUCGCCGAUACCGAGGAGAAGAAGAACGAGCUCGAGACAUACAUCUACGAGCUCCGCAACAAGCUUGACGACCAGUACGCCGAGUUUGCGAGCGACGAGGAGAAGACGAAGCUCCGGGCCAAGCUUGAUGCUAGCGAGGACUGGCUCUAUGACGAGGGCGACGAUGCCACCAAGGGCGUCUACAUCGCCAAGAUGGACGAGCUCCGUGCCAUGGCCGGCCCCAUCGUGCAGCGCCACUUUGAGAAGGUCGAGGCCGAGCGGCAAGCCGUCCUCGCGCGCGUCGAGGCCGAGAAGGCCGCCAAGAAGGCCGCCGAGGAGGAGUCCCGGAGGGCUGCCGAGGCCGAGAAGGGUACACAGGAGGGCGCCAAGGACGAAGAGAUGACGGAUGCCGACGCACCAAAGGCCGAAGUUGAGGAGGCGAAUGGCGCGUAAAAAAUGGGAAUAGAAUAGCAUUCCUCUCGACAGGUUUAUGGGAGGUCUAUAGAGAGGGUAUCAGGGUCUGGAACCAAAUUUGGGUGGUAUAGCGUGGGACCAGGGGUCUCCCCCGUCUGGCUAGUGCAGUCGGAGUUGGGAGACUUCGCGAUACCACCAAACGAUAAAAGGGAAAAUGCCUACUGGUUUGAACAGCGGGAAUUGUCUAUUUGAAUCACAAAAAGUGCCUAAAUGCGGAAGCUUCCGGAGAAAGUCACGAAACACACACACAAAGAUAGAGCGCGCACUCUUCUUACACAGUAGUUAGUCAGUUAGGGUUGACCGGCGGAUGCUUUUCUCUCCCCCUUGGGAACAUUCCAUAGAUAGAUAUGGUAAAGGGGGCACAACGUCAUUUGACCAUUUUCCAAGUUCGACUGAUCGACGUGCCGUCAAGCCCA